AUGGACUUGGCCAUUCCAGACUUGAACACGAGGGUCUGGAGACGGCGCUCGAGGAAGUGCUCCGGCGUCAGCGCGAGGACGUAGUCGAGCUUGUUCUGGCUCUCGUCAAGCAGCCCGUACCUGUUCAUCCUGCGCAGGAGCGCCUCCCCCUCGAAGAUCCGCUUCUCGUCCUUCUCGUCAAGCUUGAGGAGCUCCUUGGCGGCGUUGCGGAUGCGGCUCAGAGCGUACUGCACCCUCCACAGCUCCCUCUUGCAACGCAGCCCGUAUUCUCCGACGAGCUUCAGCUCCUGAUCCAGACGCUCCUUCUCGUAAGGGCGCCGCGGCUUCUUGAACGUUUUACCAUCUGGCAAGACGAGGAAGAAGGUGAGGUCGUCUGGUUCCCCUCUUCAGGACAGGCGUGGCCGGUGUAG